AUGGGUGGACUUGAAGCCAUACACAAAUAUGUAGCUGUUCUUGCCAUACUAGUCGCUUUCCCUGAGUUUCUUAUAACUCAGGGAAGGCAGAUAAAGUCACUGAACCAACAUUUGACGAGCAAAGAUACUACGUUGUUUGAUAUUAACGUUACUACAUCAGCAGAGAAGGUUGUUGACUCAUCCACAACACCGAAUCAACACAUGAAUGCUGUCUCUGAAGAGUCAAAUAGAGAUCAUGUAAGUGCUUAUCGACCAACAAAUCCAGGAACCAGUCCUGGGGUUGGUCAUCGGAAAUUUGGAGAGGAAACUAAAGAUAUAAAAGCAAAGGUGGUUGUUCAGAGUCCUCCAAACGGUGAAUAUUCUUUGGCUGAAGGGUCCAAAACCGAUUUCCGACCUACAGACCCAGGUCACAGCCCUGGGGUAGGGCACUCUGCUCAUCAAAACAAGAAUAAUGGAGAGGUAGGACGUGUACAGAAUUAA